AUGGCUGAUUCAGAGAACUCAAGAUUACAAGAUCUUCCUUCCUCAAAGGUUGUUGCGCGUUCGCAAAGGGCAGAUAGCGAACAAGAGGAAGUACGCCAAAGUGCUGUCAAUGCUUUACACAAGUAUUCUAUAUUAGCAAUGCAUGCUAUUGCUAGUGAAGAGUCACCUGCACAAACAAGACUGCGAAUGUUGCGGUAUUUAACGGACGGCGAAUAUACAAUAGACAGAAAGAGUAAUAAUGUCUAG